UAACGACAGAGACUGCAAAAUGAUCAAGACUCUGAUACUGUCUGCACUGCUGAGCUCCACGGUAGCCGUGGGGGGUGUUGGCCUGUGGAGUGCAGAGAGCUUAAGGAAUCAGACAGGAGAGCUGCAACUCUCCAUCAAUGCUUCAGUCGCUGUCUUUGAGUCCCUCCAUGUACAGGUAACUGUCAUGUUGGACGCCCUGGACAGACUGGAGAAGACCCAUGACAAGAAUUUGGUGCUUUCAACUCGCAGAGAGUACUUAGAGGUGCAGCUUCAACUCGAGGAAUGUGAGAGACGCCACCAGGAGCUCUUCAACCCCAACAUCGGUUCUUGUGCUCACUCUGGCCUACUGAGGGUCAGCAAGCCUGUGGUGAGCCAUCUCAAUGCCCAUCUAAGUGCCAGUUACCAUUAUGGAGGCUGGGGAAAAGAUUCAAACCCUGUUUCUGACAGAGAGUCCAUGUACUGGUACGCUGGUUACUCUUCCACUUCCAUGUCGGACAUACGGUUCUACACUGACUACAAGAACCUUAUUCUGAGAACCCCUUUUCUCCAUCACACCCUGCCCAGUGGCUGGUAUGGCGUCGGGAACAACAUUAUAAUGCGUGAUAACACUCUGUAUUAUCAGAUAAACAGCCCAUUCGGACUAGCUAAACUGAAUUUUACCACCAUGAAAUAUGAGUCCAGGGUGAUUUCCAAGGCCUCCUCCAGGUUCUCAUACAGCAGCUCCGCCAAUCAAAACUUUGAUUUUGCUGCAGAUGAAACAGGAUUGUGGGUGACCUACGCUACUGAAGAGUCCGGGGGCCGGAUGGUCAUAGCUAGAAUAAACGAGGCCUCCUUUGGGAUUGAGGAGGAAUGGCUGACCAGUGUCUACAAGCCAGGUGUAACUAAUGCCUUCAUGAUCUGUGGUGUUUUUUAUGCAGUCAGAACAGUGGACAUCCUAACUGAAGAGAUAUUUUACAAGUACAACACUAAAACUAAACAGGAGAGCUAUAUUAGUAUUACCUUUGAGAGGUUUCAAAACAGAUAUACAAACUUGGAUUAUAAUCCUGCUGACCAGAAGCUCUACAUGUACAAUGACGGUUACUAUGUGACCUACCAUCUCUGGUUUAACAACACAGUUGAAGCCACAGUGGCACCACCGAUGUUACUGGUGACUUAAAUAAUUUUCUCUCCUUGACAGAGAAAUUUGAUAUGAAUGCUUAAUGAUUUUCUUUUUUCUCCUUUUUCUUGUACCAUCCCUUU